CACCAAACACCAGAUGACGCCAGGCAAGCGCCAAUAUUAAACUGAACAAGCCUUUGCUGCUGGAUUUGAGAUAUUUCAGAUACACGUUUUAAAAUAUAUAGAUCAAAUAAUGAGUAAGACUCUUUAUCGCCUGGUGCCCUCCAAAACCCUCUUUAUGCUAUGCGACGUGCAGGAGAAGUUCAAACCGGCAAUACCGCUGCUGAGUGCGCUCAUCGAGAACACGGCCAAACUGCUGGCUGCCGGCAAGGUCUUCCAAGUGCCCCUGCUGGUCACCGAGCAGUAUCCAGAGAAGCUGGGCAAGACCGUCUGUGAGUUGGAUAUCGGACACGCCUGUGCCAAUGUGGCAAAGACCAAGUUCUCCAUGCUGGUGGAAGCUGUGCGGAAGAAUAUGACCGAUAUCUUUGCUGGCAACCCCAAGACGGUGGUCCUAUUUGGAUUGGAGACACAUGUGUGCGUGGAGCAGACGGCCUUUGACCUGGUAAAUGAGAAGAUAGAUGUCUGGCUGGUGGCCGACUGCUGUGCCUCGCGUCUCAAUCAGGACAGGGAUUUGGCCUUGGAGCGACUACGUCAGAUGGGCUGCACUAUUGCCACGUCCGAGAGUGUGGUCUUCAACUUGCUGCAGGACAAGGACAACAAAGCCUUCAAGCAAAUAGCACCUCUGGUGAAAAAGGUCUCUGCAGACAUGCAGUUCUGGCAGCCCAAAAACAACUGACCCCUGCGGCUCGUUUCAUGUGUUUCUGUGUAUUGUGAAAGCCAUUCUUAAAGCAUA